AACCCAUGGAUCGGAGGCCACCUCCCCUUUCCGUGAAUCUUCCCCCCCGGUUUCCACCACCCCUCCAGUUGACCCAUGAACCCCAUAAAAUGUACUAACCACAAACCACACUUCUCCAAGUCUACAACCAAAGCGAGCUCAAACCCCCUGCCCUUGGUUUCUCCUCCUCCUCUCUCUCUCUCUCUCUCUCUCUCUCUAUACGUAUUCCAACCCAAUCUCUCUUCCAUCUCAAGAAAAAUUUUUCAUCCAUGGACCGCAGCUGCGUCGAGGAACUGUCGAACGAGUCCGGGAAGAGACGGACGCCCGCGCCGGCGACGCUGCACCGCAUGGGCAGCGGCGCCUGCAGCGUCGUGCUUGACCCGACACCGGAGACCGGCGUCGAGGCCGAGUCACGAAAGCUGCCCUCCUCCCAGUACAAGGGCGUGGUCCCGCAGCCCAACGGCCGGUGGGGGGCCCAGAUCUACGAGAAGCACCAGCGCGUGUGGCUCGGCACGUUCCCCGAGGAGGCCGACGCCGCCCGCGCCUACGACGUCGCUGCCCAGCGGUUCCGCGGCCGCGACGCCGUCACCAACUUCACUCCCCUCUCGGAGAACGACGACGACGGCGCAGCGGAGCUUGCCUUCCUCGCCGCCCACUCCAAGGCGGAGAUCGUCGACAUGCUGCGCAAGCACACCUUCUGCGACGAGCUCCGGCAGAGCAAGCGCGCUGGAAAGGCCAGCGGGAGCAUCGUCGGCAAGAGAAGCCCGCGGAGCUUGUCGGUGUCAGAUCGCGACAUAUUAUUCGAUAAGGUUGUGACGCCGAGCGAUGUGGGGAAGCUGAACCGGCUGGUCAUACCGAAGCAGCACGCUGAGAAGCACUUCCCCAUGGAGAUCGGCAGCGGCAGCGCCGGCAUGCUGCUCAACUUUGAGGACGUGAGCGGGAAGGUGUGGAGGUUUCGCUACUCCUACUGGAAUAGUAGCCAGAGCUACGUGCUGACCAAAGGAUGGAGCCGGUUUGUGAAGGAGAAGAGCUUGAAAGCUGGGGACGUGGUUACUUUCUGGCGGUCGAGGGGGCCGGAGAAGCAGCUUUAUAUCGAUUGGAAGCCGCGAGAGGCGGCGGCGGCGGCGGCUUUCGCUGGUCGGCCGGUGGCGCAUGUGCAGGUCGUGAGGUUAUUUGGGGUUAACAUUUUCAGAACUCCGGUGGGUUGUGGUGCUGCUGGUGGUGGUAAUGAUGGUGGUGCGGAAGGGAAGAGGGUGAGAGAGAUGGAGCUGUUCCCACCGGAACAGUUCCUUAAGAAGCAAUGCAUAGGAGCUUUGUAGUACUGCAAUUGUCUUGCUUUACUUAAAGAGGAAGUUAUUAUCCCGUCCCUAGCUCUGUGUAUACAUUGUAAUACGUACUCUAAUAUCAUGCAAGUGUACAUUGUGUAACAGUUGGGGAAAAAGAUGAACCUUUGCGGUAGCAACGGUACGAUAGCACGCAGUUACCUUGAAUCCUUUAAUUGUGAUCUAGAAUGAGUUUAAAGGCUAUUUCCUUCUUCCUGGUGCUAUCACACCAAGAAACUUCUAUUGGCAGGCUAAGCAGCUGGUACUGUUGUACUUGUAAUUGAAUCCAUAACGACUUAUUGCUGUG